GCCGCGAACUUUAAUUAUUAAAUAAACAUCACAGGUCCUGCAGUCAUUGAUUCACCUUCUCUCUUUUUCUCUCUCGCAGCAAUGGCGAGGCGAUCUUCAUCUCACUGGUUCGCACGCAUCUCCUUUCUAAUCUUCCCAAGAGGAGGCGACUCCCUCUGGUACCUUAUCGCCCUCUGCUCCAUCCUCUCCCUCUUCCUCCACCAUCUCUCUCGUUCCUCCGCCGUCGCCGCCUCCGACUUUGAAGGCUUCGACACCGACGAUGCCUAUGUAGACGAAGACGGCGACGACGGCUUCGACCGCGUCCCGCUUCGAACCUCCCCGACCCCUAGCCUCACUCACUUCGAAACCGAGACUGAUCACGGUCCGCCUUCCGAUCCGAACCCCUCCGAUUCUCAGCAUUCGCCUCCAGAUCUCCCAACGAAACCGUCAACCACAGCUUUCGAUUACUGGGACGAGGAUGAAUUCGAGGGCCUUCCUGUGGAAACACCCCCGGGAACCCCCGAAUCCACCGAAAAUGCGACGUUCGUCGACUCGGAUGUACAUUUGGAAUCGAAGGGGAAAGCUGAGAAACCGAAGAACUUUCCGGGAUCUUAUACGUUGGAGAUUGUUUGUGUGAGCUUCUUAAUUAUGUUUAUUAUCAAUUUUUUCACGGGAAAGAAAGAGAAUGAGAAUAUUGCGUUGGCGUGGGCUGCGAAAUUUGCGACAAAAGAUUCAAUUUUCGAGAAGAAUUUUAGUUUUUUGGGGGUUGGCAAGGAAGAGGACUCGCCGUUGUUAUUGAAAGAAGGUCAAAAUGUGUUCAAGUUUUAUGCAAGCGGGCGGAGGUAUUGUCAGGGUUUGUUGGCGACUAUGGAGCUAAAGAGCCGUCAUGAUUUGAUAUCUAGAAUGUUCAACAUGGUGGUGCCGUGUAGGGAUGAGAUUAGUUUCGAGGUGUAUAUGAAUGAUGAUGCCAUGGACCACGUGAUUUUUGUUCUGGCAAAGAAGAAGUUGGCCAAGGGGAUGCAGAAAGAGGUAAGGGAUCUACAGAGGUUUGCAGGACUGGUUUCGCCACCUAGUUCUAGGAAAUGGAUUGUGGAUGAUUUGGCGGUCAUUUCAGAGUCCAAGGAGGUUGCUGUUGAUUUGAUUACAGAGACAGUGCUUGAUCAGGUCUUUGGUGAUAAAGCUUUUGAGAAAUUUGGUAAGGGCUUCAUCUCAAUGCAUUUCUCUGAUCAACACUUGGGCACACAUAAGAAGAUGUUGUUGUUCAAGUUUGCUCUACCAGAUGCCAAUAACAUGGCUGACAUGACUCGGUUGGUUGCUCUUGUGCCUUAUUACAUUGAUCUAAUUGGGCGAUACAAACUCAGUUCACAGGCACGAUCUAAAACAGAAGCAGCCAGAUCAAAGGCUGCUCAAGAGGCUUACAAAGAGCUUCAAAAUGCUAGGCAAGAAGCUUUCCAGAAGCGGAAAGCAGAGAAGAAAAAGAUGGUGGAGGAGGCUGAGGCUAAGCUUACAGCAGAGGGUCUUCGCAAGAAAGAAGCAAAAGAACGUGCUCGCCAGAUGAAGAAGGGAAUGCCAAAAAUGAAGAUGACCCGAGCUCACUAAACUCAGUUCCAUCGAUGCUUCUAUUUAUUAGGUAGUCCUCAUCCACAUUUCCUGAAAUGUUAGUUGACUUUUCAUUCUUCCCUAGAUCUGAACGAUUUUUGUUUCGUCUCAACACUGUACUUUUAGCUGCUGGCACAAUUUUUGGCUGUAGUUAUCUAUAGAAUCACAUCUUUGUAGGUUUUUGAGUGUAGUUAAAACUCGAUGCAACAACCACAUAUUCGUAAGUUUUUGAGUAGGUGAAUUCAACGUGAAAAGGACUAUAUAUCUUGGCUGUACACAUCAGGUGGCAACAUUCAAUGUAUGUGGCAACGCUGUUUCUGCU